UGUUUGCGGUCGGCCUUCAGUCGAUGUGCGUUCUGUUUGUUUGUUUAAGUUUUGUUUGUAUGGUCGCAGCGUUAUUUUUGAUUUGAACUGUUUUGAACCCUGUGAUGGACACGUGGAUGAAAAACUGGCACCAGCAAGAUGCAAGCAAAUGCAAGUUCAUUAACAUCCGGUGUAUUCUCAGAUUGACGUGUCGAAUCGUGACCCAGAGAAGUCUCCCUCAAGAGAAGAACAGAUAACAAGAGACAUGUGCUUUGUCAUUGUCAUUUUGGCGGAGUGAUUCGAAAACUCACGAACAGUGAAUUAAUUAUGUGGUAACAGGAUUUUUUUAUUAAAUUGUGCUCAGUGUUAUACAUUUUGUUCUCGUGGUACAUUGUUGGAGAAUGGCUUGAAUUAUAACGAAAUCCCAUUCACUUGUUUCGAGUGGAAGACAAUGCCCAGUUCUUGUAUUUUAUACGUGCGAUAUUUGAUGUCUUAUAACGCUUUAAACAUGAGUGGUAACUAUACGAACCAUUUAUUUGGUUUCGCGUUUUUAAGCUGUGUAAUUUUACUACGCUAACCAAGCUAGAAGAAAGUUGUAACUUAAAACGUUUCUAUCAGUGGACAUGUUUGUUCAGGAGACAGUGCGAGAUCGUUGUGUUAUGUCUGAGAGCUUUGAACUGUGGAAGUAACUUUAUCUAAUAUGUUGACACUGACGUUGAGCGGAUGUUUGUGGAUCGGGUAGUAGUGGGGCCAGUUCGCAUGCGCGGGAGUCAGACGCUUGGUGGCUCCACCGACGCAGUCCCCAGCCGUCCUGUGCGCGGGGCGGCAGGCAGUGUGAAAUGGUGGUGUGCCGUGUGUGUUGUGUGCUUCGCUUUGCCGCAUUGAACUUGUUUUGCAAGGAAUCUGUGUCGCCUUCUUCAAGUCGCGAGUGCGUCGAAGUGCUAGUCCGAGACGCGAGAGGCUCGUCCUAACUAUGCGUCCGCCAUGUUGAAAGUCCUGCGCCGCGGAUCGACGCGCUACCUUGCGCUGAGCGCCGUCCUCCUGACGGUCCUCCUCUGCCUGUACUAUGCCAACUUCAACGGCCCGGCGUCCGGCAACUCCACCGCCGUCACUUCCUCCGUGUCCGUGGCGCUUACUUCCGGUGGGGCGCUCGAGCCGCAGAGGGAGGCCGACGCGGCGGUGGCUCUCCCAGCCGGUGAGCAGCGCCCUCCUGAAGAAGACCUCUUGGAGCCCGAAGCAGACGCGCUCGUCGCUCCGGACACCUGUCCGGCUCUACCCUCGGCCAAAACGGACGUCGACACCGUGGAGCAGUUCCGGACCUUCGAGUUCCAGCCCUACUGGAUGAAAAGUCGGGAAUACUGGGACACCAGAUUCGAGGAUCGGUACAAACUGCGCAAGUCCAAGUGGGCGAAGCUCCCGCUCAAGGUGUUCCUGGUGCCCCACUCGCAUAACGACCCGGGCUGGGUGAAGACUUACGAGAACUACUACCAUUACCAGACCAAGAACAUUCUCAACAACAUGGUGGACAACCUGCAGGAGUUCCGAAACAUGACAUUCAUCUGGACGGAGAUCUCUUUCUUUUCGCAGUGGUGGGAGAGUGCACACCCCACAAAGCGACGGAUAGUGAGGAAUUUGUUGGCUGAGGGUCGCCUGGAAAUCAUGACAGGUGGUUGGGUAAUGACGGACGAAGCUACCACGCACAUUUACGGCAUGCUGGACCAACUCAUAGAAGGGCACCAGUGGGUGAAGAACAACCUGGGGCUCUCGCCCAAAUCAGGCUGGUCCAUUGACCCAUUUGGGCAUGGUUCCACUGUGCCAUACCUGCUUAAGAUGUCGGGAAUCUCGGGCACGGUCAUCCAGCGCAUCCAUUACGCCUGGAAGCAGUGGCUGGCCGAGCGACAGAUGGGAGACUUCCUGUGGCGACAGAACUGGGAUCCCGACGGACACACAGACUUACUGACGCACAACCAGCCCUUCGAUAUCUACUCGAUCAAGCACUCCUGCGGCCCCCACCCCCAGGUCUGCCUCAAUUUCGACUUCCGGAAGAUACCAGGGGAAUACACAGAGUACAGUCUGCGUGCUGUGCCAAUAGACCAGUUCAACGUGAAGCAGAAAGCAGAGCUCUUACUUGAGCAGUACGGACGAACCGGCUCCCUGUUUUCGCACAACGUCGUCUUGAUGCCGCUGGGCGACGAUUUCAGAUUUGACCAUGACAUCGAGUGGAACCAGCAGUACAGCAAUUACAAGAUGCUCUUCGACUACAUAAAUCAGAACAAGGACAAGUAUCAUGCGGAGGUAUCGUUUGGCACGCCUUCGGACUACUUUUCAGCCGUCAGGGAACGAAGCGAGAACUUCCAGACGUUGAAAGGAGACUUCUUUGUCUACAGCGAUAUAUUUGCAGAAGGCCGGCCGGCGUACUGGAGCGGCUACUUUACUACAAGACCGUACUGGAAGGUACUAGACCGAGAACUGGAAGCCAGCCUGAGAUCAGCAGAGAUUCUGUACACGGUGGCUUUAAACAGAGCAAGGCAACAUGGGUUUAAUAAGACAGUUCAGCUCCUGGAGCGAGAUUAUGAGAGGAUCACGAAGGCCAGGCAGUCAUUGGCACUGUUCCAACACCAUGACGCCAUAACAGGGACUUCUAAGUCAUUUGUCAUGCAUGAUUACGCUCUGAAGAUGUUUGAAGGUAUCCAGGAUACACUGUUCAUUCAACAACGCUGUGCGCAAGUGUUGCUCGUCAAAGAUGCGCCGUUGUCCGGUUUGUCGAGAGAAGUGAGCUGGAACAAAGUUUUAUCAAAUAGACCAUCACAGCCAUUUAUGAACUUCCUUCUGCCCGACACAGACAGAGAAUCGUACGAGAAACUUCCUCAGAAAGUUCCGUUGGUGGUGCCAAGAAAUGAACCCCGGAGGAUCGUUCUUUUCAACUCUCUGGCACAACAGAGACAGGAUGUUGUGAAGAUCAGGGUGACAACUCCACAUGUUAAGGUGCUGGAUUCCGAAGGAAAUAUCAUUCCGUACCAGGUUAAUCCUGUCUGGAAUCUCACGCACAGUGCCAGAGUUCCGAGGGACGCAAACAAAGAGACGGGCGAAGGCGGCGCCGAAAAGAUCGAGAGCGUCCUGCAGAUGGCAAAGGACUUGUUUGAGGUGGUGUUUGUGGCGGAUCUCCCGCCCGUGUCACUUGUUACUUACAUUGUUGAGCGAGUGGCAGAAAAGAAUUUCCAGGCAAGAUCGGUGGUGUACUGUUCAUCCUGCGGCCGAAACGUAGGCGAUGCAAGUUAUGUGCCACCAUUUGAAGUUAAGGGCAUGCAGACUGGUGAUAUCCAGCUUGAGAAUUAUAGGAUGAAACUUCUGUUUGACGGCAGAUCAGGAUUUCUGAAAGCCGUCACUCGCAAAACUACGGGCCACACGACGCAGUGCGGUCUCCAGUUUGCAGCGUACCCCUCGGCACAGUUUCACAGUGGCGCGUAUCUCUUCAUGCCAGAUCCGAACUCCAGAGAGGCUGAAAGGGACAUCCUUGGCUCCAUUGACGGCCAGAACCACCGUGACAUCCAGAUCGUCAUCACGUCCGGUCCGAUCGCAUCAGAGCUUUCCGUAGUCUACAACCCGAUCCUCGCGCACACCGUUCGCAUCUAUCACGCAGCAGGACCCCUCAGCGAGGGAAUCUACAUAGAGAAUACCAUCGACUUUGAGGCACCACCCAAAAACCGUGAGACGGAGCUCUUCAUGAGAGUUGUCACAGAUAUCAGCAAUGGAGAUCCCCCCGAAUUCUAUUCGGACCUGAACGGCUUCCAGAUGCAGAAGAGAGUAAAAGUGGAACGCAUCGGUAUAGAAGGAAAUUAUUUCCCCAUCACAUCAAUGGCGUACAUCCAGGACUCGUCUCGACGUCUGUCUCUGCUGGUGCACCAUGCGCAGGGAGCUGCUGCGUGGCAGCCCGGCUGGUUGGAGGUGAUGCUGGACCGCCGCACGCUGUACGACGAUUCGCGGGGCAUGGGCGAGGGGAUCGUAGACAAUAAGCGGAUGCUCACAAAAUUCUGGCUCCUGUUAGAAGAAGUGACGUCGCAGGACUCGGCAACGGCGUCCGAGACAUUUUCCCGCCCCAGCCUGUUUGCCCAUCACCUGUCAAACAGCUUGCUGUACCCUGCGAACCUUUUCGUGGUGGAGGGGAUGACAGAAAUACCAUCGACAGGACAUCAGCAGUCAGACCACAGCACAGAAAGAGAACUUGUUCUCAAGAAAAAAGUUGUCCUGGUCUCACGGCCAUUUCCCUGUGACGUUCAUCUCGUGAAUCUAAGAACCUUGUCAGAUGUUAGCUACACGCAGUUCCCGUCACAGUCGGCCCUCCUGGUGGUCCAGCGGCAAGGAUACGCUUGUGAUAUCGGUGCAGGUGUCACGAUUCCGCAGUGCUCUUUGGAAGUGGCCUCUAGUAACAAUGCGGACGGAAGUAAGAGUCCGACUUUCCACAAGCGAACGUUCUUCAGUGAUCUGAAUAUGGGAGCCAUCGUUCAAACAUCUCUCACAGGACUACAUCAAAUACACAAGUUUGAAAGUCUAGACAGUGUAGAGAUGAGUCCUAUGGAAUUGCUAUCACUCAACGUGACCUUUGUGCUGUGAUAAACCUAUACGCUGCGUUCGUAAGUGAGCUGGGACGACCUCACAACUAAGCUACUACCACGACCAUUCUUGAUACCAAAUUCGCAGUGUUCGUUCGCUUAUUAUUUUAGCGUGGCAACUUUGUUGUGGACGUAGUUGUAGCGUUAUUAAUUAGCCAUCUCUGCGCGCACCAGUAUUUUAAUGUAAGUGCUGUGCACUUAUUUACAUGUCCCAUCCUCAGGCCUUUAUUUACGCGACAUUAACGAUGAUUAAAAUAUAGAAUAUAAAAUCAUAUAAGAACAUGGACCGUACAUUCUGUUUUCCAUAUGACGCUGGACGCAUUUUGUAUCCGAUUGGCUGACUAAAAUUAAUAAACAAAUAACAAAUGAUGACAUAACGCGGUUCGGACUUCCGUGUUGAGGGCGGUCGUGUUCUGGAUACACGCGUGGCACGGUACUUGCCAUUUUGUUGUCGUUCUUUGUUGUUGUAAGACCAUGAAGUGGCCUGUACCUUCUUUGCAUCUUCUUAAUUAUAGUUCACGCCGGUGGGUGCAACAAGAACGAAGACUGCUACUGGAAAUGACAUACUCUUUAUCCCACGCCCGUAGCGUAGUUCCAUAUUUAGCGGUCCGAGGAUGAUCCACGCGCAGUAGAAUAGACACUAAGACAUGUAAAUAAAUGCUUAGUUCUUGCGUUUAUUACAUCGUUAUGUGGAGACUGCUAAUUGAUACGAAAUUUUUGUUGAUGUUUAUGGUACGUUACUACAUUUGAUCAUUGAAAUGUUUAGAAAGUAUCAUUUGAGCAUGUAAGUUUCCACAUGUCUUCCUUGCCAGUGGUAUUUUCUUUGUAUUAUCUUCCCUUUUGUAUUCGCCUUAAGGAGCCAGUUUUGUUUUGCUCUGUGGCAUCCUGAUGUUUAUUAUCUUUGCUGUUUCCAAGUUUCUUUACAGACGACAGAAUUCUGAAAGACACGAAAAGACUUAAUACUAAAAUACCUCUUUUAUGGUAUGUAUUAAGAUACGACGAGGGUUACUUCAGAAGUCAUGUCAACUAAUUUUUGGGGGGGCAAACACCUUACAUUGAAGAAUAUACAUAUGAAAGGGCACGAUGUACUCCUCCGAUUGGCGUAGUCAGAUCGGGUAGGUGUGAGUGGGUGUAGGUACAGUAGGCAAGAAGAAAGGCACAUUACGAAAUGACCGGUUUCUUUCAUUCUUUAAUCCUUGAAAAAUUCAAUUGUGUUUAAAGAAAUUCAAGAAUUCAAUGUGAGUUCAAUCAGAAUUCUUACAUUAAGACUAGCAACCUUCAAAGUAGUCUCCGAGUGUACCAAGUACUCGCUGCCAACGACGAGGAAGACGGCGAAUACCGUCAGCUUCACCAUCUCCAAAUCUUGCCAUCUCGGGCCAAACUGGAUUGGAAAUGUCCUCUCGCGUACGAAAGCGUUUCCCUCGCAACGGCUGUUUCAAUUUUGAUAUUAAGUCAUAGUCACAUGGCGAAAGGUCGGGUGACUAUGGAAGAUGGAGUAGUACUUCCCAUCUCCAACGUCGUAAAAGGUUCUUGACGCUGUUUGAACGGUCAUUCCGUAAUGUGCCUUUUUUCUUGCCUACUGUACCUACACCCACUCACACCUACCCGAUCUGACUAAGCCAAUCAGAGGAGUAUAUCGUGCCCUUUCAUAUGUGUAUUCUUCAAUGUAAGGUGUUUGCCCCCUCCCAAAAAAAAUUAGUUGCCAUGACUUUGGAAGUAACCCUCGUAUAACCUAUGAGAAUACUACAAAACCAAAGACUCCAGGCAUCUCCUAUUAUAAAGCAGAGUUCUUUAAAGUUUUCUAAUAUACGGUGCAUAUGAAAAGUGUACAUAUAUAUAAAGGCAGAUUGAAUUAGAUCGUCAACUUGUACAUAAUGUGAAACUAAAUGUUGUUACUGUCAUAUUGAUUAUUUGUUAGGAGAGUUUUCUGUUUCCUUUGCGCACUUCAAAAUGGAUCGUGUGUCUGAGCUACGGGCUCUUAAAAAGUCUGCCGUAGAAUUGUUUCGAGAUCAUAGCCGACUGAUGUUUAUUAGAAAUUGCUUUUUUUUAUUAUUAAAUUAAAGACAACUGAACUGAAAAUAA